GUUUCCGACUUGCCCUAGGACCUGUACCUUUGGGGGCCUAUCUUCGGUGUAGGUACCUACCUAGGUACCUAAGGCCCCUGACCUAGCGGGACGGAACCGGGAUCCAACCUGUAAUGACGUCGCGGUCUGGCAGUCUGGGCCGAUCCUGAAGCAGCAAGCCGCGAUCAGCAACGGCCUGACGCGUGACGUCUGACUCAAGUAGGUACCUACAGCUCUCGGGCAAAGUACCUCCUCCCUAGGCUUUCAUCGCCUGAGCAGGGUACCUCGGCUCGCCUGGCUGCGCUGCGCGUCCUGGGAGGGAGUACGUGACCUGCCCGUGCACAGGUACUCGAUAGAAGAGGAGACGGACGGCAAUCCGGUAGGUAACGGUAUCUCCUAACCCAUUAUUACCUGCCUCUACUACUCAUAACAGGUACCUACAAGGUAAGUAUUAAACCGACCCCGGCCGCGCCCAGUGCCAUCUCGACCUCCCCUUCUAUCACCUCCACUCCACCGCAAAUCCACCAAGAGGGUCCUGUCAACCCGCCGAAACCCCCCCCCCCGUCGUCGCGAUACACGGCUUCGAGUACACGGCCCUUGAUGGCUGCCCUGGACACGCCUUGGCUGACACAGAUGUCGACCCCGAAAUCUGCCUCCCGCGGCGAUGUCGACGGCCCUGCCAGCCCCCCCGAACUUCCUCCCACCUACGCGCCCCCGACCUACGCCGCCUUCUCUCCCGCCAACCUCUCGAGCCCCGCGUCCGCCGCCAAGCGCAGGUCGACCAUUCUCGUGCACCAGAAGUCGCCCUUGCUGCUCGCCACGCCCCCGCAGAUCACUCGCGCCCUCGCCUACAGCCACCCGUUCCUCCUACCCCUCAAUAAGCUCGUCGGCCUCCUUACCUGGACCACCGGCGACCCCUGGGAGAGCUUCCUGCUGCUCGUGGUCUUCUGGGCCGCCGUGCAGUACGGCGAUGCCGUCGUGCGCUUCGCCGGCCCCAUCGCCGUCGUCGUCGGCAUCAUCGGGGGCAUGUAUGGCCGAAGGUACAGUCCUCUCUCCAGCAGCGGCUGGGCCGAGCAUCCGAGCCUAGCCGGCGGCAAGGAUAGGAAGGCUGGCGGCGCCUCCGCCGGAGGUGGCGUGGCCGGGACGCACCAGCGAAACGCGAGCGAGAUAACGAGUACGAAGCAUCAGAAGACCUUGGACGAGAUCGUGGACACCGUCAAGGCCUUCACCACCCGGUGCAACAUCCUGCUCGAGCCCUUGCUCGAGAUGACCGAUUUCCUCUCCACCCAGCGGACCGCCACCAGCGCUACCACCAGACCGGCACUCACUACGCUCUUCGUCCGCAUCUUGGCUGUCACCCCCGCCUGGAUUGUUCUGACGCUGCCGCCUCUACGAAUCAUAAGCACGAAGAGGGUCAUCCUGGUCUUCGGCACUCUGGUGCUCACCUGGCACUCCAGGGUCUGCCGAGUGUCUAGGACGCUCCUGUGGCGGAGCGCCUCCAUCCGGAGGCUGGCCCGGUUGGUGACGGGGUUGCAGUUUGAGGAACCGCCGAGGACGAAGCCCGAGGGCGCCAACGGAAACCCGACGAGUUCCGCCACCUCCAAGGCGAAACCGUCGAGCGUACCUGCCAAACCACCCUCGUCCUCCGCUCUCACCGCGGCGCUGCAGCGCCGCGGUCGCUCCAGUGCGAAAGACUCGGGCUUGCGCUUCACCUUCAUCCUCUACGAGAAUCAGAGGCGCUGGGUAGGCCUCGGCUGGACCAACAGCCUGUUCGCCUACGAACGCGCCGCCUGGACGGACGAGCACAACAAUUCAGUUCCUCCCAAGGACGAUUUCGAACUCCCCGAGGUCGAGGAUGGACACGCGAAGUGGAGGUGGGUCCCGGAGAGCAAGUGGAGAGUCGAUGGCGCGCCUGAACUCGACGAGGCCGACUACGACACCGACGCGGGCAAGAACGGGUGGAUCUUCUACGACAACAAGUGGCAGAACGGCCGGCGUGGUAGCGAUGGCUGGGGCCGCUGGACGCGUCGACGCAAGUGGUAUCGCGAUGCCGAACUCGUCGAGACGCCCGAUGACACAGCCUCGACACCACCUCCGGAAUUGCCUACUCGGCCACUCCCCGCCCAAACGCUGAAUCCGGAGAAGGAGUACGUGUCCGCACUCUCCACCUCCAUUCCGGAAACAUCCACGCCAUCGGAGACCGACAGGGACAGGUCGAAGGAGGAAGACGACGCCGUAUCCCUUCUCAGCACCUCAUCCAGAUCCAAGGUUAGGUUAUCUGGCCCCCCGCUGCGCCGACGCACCACCGGCGGUACGCAUCGAUCUAGGAGGACGAGCGAGACGGCAAGUUUACGUUCGAAUGAUGACGGGGGCUGCUUAACCCCCGCACUCGAGCUAGAGAUUCAAGGGCACCAGCGAGAUCAAGGCCAAUGGGGUAUCGGCGACGAGGCUCAGAUGGGUCUCGAGUGAGAUGCCGGGCGUCGCGUCGUUUGGUUACCGUAAACAUCACAGAUAGCAUCGGGAAGGCGUUUGGGUAGAUACCAGUGAAUAUUUUGUCUUUUCUUUCCUCACCUCCCCUCCCCCCCCCCCUUCUCCCCCCAACCCGCGUCUAAGAUCCUACUCGUAUCUCGUAUCAAGAGAUUCUAGCGGUUCGGAGGCGAUGGUCCAUUAGCUAACCCACGAUGGCGGGCCCUUUCGUCACAAACCCGUGAAUGGAGACUGGUGGCACGUUUGGAAUCACGCUUGCAUUUUCUACUCCAUCUGCCUGCUCUGCGCUCUCCUAGCUUUGGCUAUCUAGGACUAGGAUUUAAAAUUCAUAAGAGCUCGUGCUGCAUAUGAAGCAUACUUGGGCUCAACUUCCUACGGCUUGCAAAUGAAUCUGGUACCCGCCGGGUCCCUAGUGGCUCGUUCUCAUCUCCGUACUUUCGGCCGGCGAGCUCAAGACGGGCGGUGAUGCUAUCCUCGACCAAGCUUUAGGAACC